CACACCACAACAUUCCCCACUGGUUUUAUGAGACUAAAUCAAAUCAUUGUUUAUUUAAGUUUCAUGUUAUCUAAGUUGACCAUGUCAUAAUCAUAUUUUUCAAGGACCAGCAGUCUAAUCUUUAAAAGCAGGCUUCCUGUCUUUUUCUGGCCUCAGGAAUUUCCAAGUACAGCUGGGUGCAGUGUGCAUGUCUGAAAGGAAAACAAAACAGAAAGUAAAAAUCUAGGGUACUGUUCAUCGUUGGUUGUCCUCGGCUGUAUCUUCUGUUGGAGCGGGCUUCUUGAUUUGGAAGUGAUGAAUCCAGUGUUGUUUUCCAGUGACUUUUACAGCAGUAGAAGUGGUCAGGAUGGCUGGAAAGCGUCUGUGCCCGCGAGGUUCCAAGGUAAAUGGAUAAUGGCUCGGCUGGAAUAGAGAUCUGUCCCAUGGUCCCAAUCUAGGUCUUCACAGCGAGAGACAUUCGGAGCCCUCAUUCUCUGAAGUGGACAACCUCGCCUCCUGCCACACACCUGUCAGGACUCCGGAGACCCCAACCCGCCCAGGCACACCAUGGCGGACAAGAAGGGUCAGGACAUAGAAGCAUGGAGGCAGGUAUUCCAGAUGUUAAUUCAGGAGGUGAAACCAUGGCACAAAUGGACCCUCACAGCAGACAAGGGCCUUCUUCCCAACGUCCUGCAGCCGGGCUGGAAGCAAUACCAGCUGUGGACUUUCGCCAGGUUCCAGUGUUCUUCCUGCUCUCGCAGUUGGGCCUCUGCCCAUGUCCAGGUCCUUUUCCACAUGCACUGGAGUGAGAAGAAGCACAGGGGCCAGGUGAAGAUGAGGGUCUUUGCCCAGAGAUGUAAGAAGUGCCCCCAGCCUCCAUUUGAGGUCCCUGAGUUCACACAGGAGAACAUCUCAAGGGUCCUGAAUAACCUGGUGAUCCGGAUUCUGAAGAAAUGCUACAGAGAAGGAUUCAAGAUUGCAGAGGAGAUUCCUGCGAUCAAGGAUAUCUCUCUUCAAGGGCCACAUGACAGUCAAAACUGUGAGGCAUGUCUGCAGGGAGCCUGUGCUCAGAGUGGGUUGGGCCUGGCCAAGGAGUCACCAGUGCCCACACCCUCCAAGGAUGCUGGGGAACCCAGGCUAACUGCUGCUUGUACCAAUCUCCCCUGCUCACAAUCAGCCUCUAGAGUGGACAAGAUCCUUACAUCAGCAGUAAGCCUCAAAGUCUCUAACCCUCCCAAGGCUGACCCCAAGGUCAGACACAGCUCAGAACCACCAACUGCUCCAAGAAUUCUAAACCCACAGGUGCCACCCAUGUCAACAGUGAGCCCCCAAAUCUCUAACCCUCCCAAGGCUGACCCCAAGGUCAGACACAGCUCAGAACCACCAACUGCUCCAAGAUGUCUAACCCCACAGGUGUCACCCAGGUCCACAGUGAAUCCCAAAGUCCCUGACUCUCCCAAGGCUGACCCCAAGGUCAGACCCAGCUCAAAACCAACAACUGCUCCAAGAUUUCCAACCCAGCAGGUGCCACCCAGAAGCUCACCUCCCCCUGUGCGGGCCACUCGAAUGCCUUCUCCCACAAAGAACAACACAGCAACAGAUGCAGCAGCCAGGGUCACCAGACCAAAGGCAGGAAAUCCAUUGCCCUCCUCCUCCUUGCUGGCUUUGCCCAUCAGCCCUACAAACUUCCCCACUUCUUGGAGCCCAGAAGCAAACACCACUUGCCAGAUGGAGAGUCGAAUCCAGAUCUACCCCGAAAGUGGGCAUUUCUAUUCCAGCCCAUCCCGGAAUUGCGUACCAGGGCGCUUAAGCACUUCCUGCUGUUGUCUCCUUCUAAUCAUUGUUGUCGUGGUCACAAUGAUUAUGGUAAAAAAUACUUUCUGAGCCUCAAAAACCUGACACUAAGUGAAACAAGAAAUUAAAAUCUGGACAUGAAAUGUCACAUGUUAGUAUGAUCCCUGUGAUAUGAAAUGUCCAAAAAAUCCACAGAUAGGAAGUAGAUGGGUGUCUACUGGGGCCUGCAGGAAGGAGGAAACGAGAAGCGAGUUCUUAAUCCUUAUGGGGGCUUUGUUUGAGAUGGGGUGAUGAAUCUGUUUGGGAAUGAGAUGGAGCUGGGGGUUGCACCACAGUACCAAUAAACUAAAAGCCACUGAAUUGGUCAUUUCAAAAAGUUUAAUUUUGUGAUGUGACUCUCACCUUGAUAUUUUAAAAAGCACUAUAGCUUUUUUCAUUCUUGAGAGAACUGAAUCUGAAGUGGUUAGAACUCAGAAAUUUGGAGAUCUUAUGAAACCUGUGAGCCUUUUUACCAGUAAAUUUUGCACAAAUCCUCUGAUAUCAGUCUGUGGAGGCAUUUGCAGUAAAGGUUUUAGGCUGAAAACCCAGGUACUCAAAACACAGUGGGUGGGGCUGGGGUUGUGGCUCUGUGGUAGAGCACUUGCUGGGCAUGUAUGAGGCCCUGGGUUCUCAGCAUCACAUAUAAAUAAAUAAACAGAG